AUGGAGAACCAUCCAGUAUCGUCCGAUGACGACGAUAAUGAUCAACGAUCAGAACAUAAUUUGAAUGGAAAUGCUAAUACGAGCAGCUUGGAUAGCCAGGACGAAAAAGAGGAACAAAUAACCACUAAUCUGAAAUGCAAUGUUGUAAAAUUAAGUGAACUGGUCAGGAGGGAGGCCUUCAAGGAAGGCACUUUUUCAAAGCGUUUUGAGGGUCGCGGUUAUAAAUUGGUUGUUGAGAAAUACGACAACGACGACUACAAAAUUAAGCGAUACCCGUUACCCGAUACGCCGAUUGAAGAGGAUACAGGUUCUGAAGGAUGCGAAAUAUGGGACGACUGCCCAAGACAAGUAAAAAAUUUUCCACACUUUCUCCGUCUUAACAGUCCCAGCUUUUGA